AGAUCCAGGCCCCUUCCCAUUUUCACACAAUAUUGCCGGCAAGCCUACAACUCCCGGAUUUUCUUCCACAGACUAAUAAACUUGCCUUUGCCUGAAAGAUAAAAUAUCCAGACUUUCAUGAGUUCCACGGUGUCUCUCGCUCUGCCGCUCUCCGUUCUAAACCCCCCUGCAAGAUCAUUUUUACCUCUUUUCUCGCUCAAUUCUUCCUCUUCUGGAUGUUUGUCCGUUUCGUUUAAGAUCGCUUCCAAUUCGAAUUCUGUCGGAAAAAUAUCAAAUUCGCCGUCGUCUCGUCUUUCUGGAGAGUGUGAGAACGCUACUUCGUCACCUUCAACAUUUCCAUCUUCGUCCAAACUCGUUCUGGUAGUUGGUGGCUCAGGUGGUGUUGGACAGUUAGUUGUAGCAUCAUUGCUAAGUCGAAGCAUCAGAGUGCGGCUCAUACUGCGAGAUCCUGAGAAAGCAAGUGCUCUGUUUGGAAAGCAUGAUGAGGACAAAUUAAAGGUAUGGAAGGUUGACACACGGAACUUCAUGGAGUUGGAUCCAUCCAUGUUUCAGGAUGUAACACAUGUCAUAUGUUGUACGGGAACUACAGCCUUUCCUUCAAGAAGGUGGAAUGGAGGCAACACACCUAAAAGAGUAGAUUGGGAGGGUGUGAGAAAUCUUGUUUCUGCAUUGCCUCGGUCUUUAAAGAGAAUUGUUCUUGUGUCAUCAAUAGGUGUUACAAAGUUCAAUGACUUACCUUGGAGCAUUGUGAACCUUUUUGGUGUUCUCAAGUAUAAGAAGAUGGGAGAAGAUUUUGUUUGUAGCUCUGGUCUCCCGUUCACUAUAAUCAGAGCUGGUAGAUUGACAGAUGGACCAUACACUUCAUAUGAUCUGAACACUCUUCUACAGGCAACAGCAGGGGAGCGUCAUGCAGUCCUUAUAGGUCAAGAGGAUAAAAUUGUUGGAGAAGCAAGUAGGCUAGUGGUUGCAGAAGCUUGCAUACAGGCCCUGGACAUAGACUUCACGGAGGGUCAAAUAUAUGAAAUAAACUCUAUCCCGGGCGAGGGGCCAGGAAGUGAUCACGAAAAGUGGGAAGAGUUAUUUACAGCUGCUCACACUAAAUAAUUGAUUAUAGUCUCUUCAACAUAGGGCACCAUGCAGCUAUGAGUUAUGGCCAGUCAAAGCUCGGAAGAAAUAUAGAAGUGUGAUAUUGGAUUGUUGAAGACAAUGCAUGUGGAUUUGGGUCUAUUGAAGGAUUGGCAGAUAUGGAACUCCAAGCUAUAUAAUAUACGGUGGGAACAUAGCAACACCUAAGUCCGCCCAACUCGGUUUUUUUAAUCCUUGACAAAAAAACACUAUGGCUCGUCAGUGGUAAUCGUGGUUGUUGAUUAUGAAAAACAGGUAUGGAAGAAAAAACUUCCAAAAGUUGUGUUAUUGAAUUUGUAUUUCUUUUGAAGGGGAGGGGGUGGGUGUGUGUGAAUUUCCUAGAGUACUGCUGCUACAUUAACAUUUAGAGUCCCUUUGUCAACUUCAUAUAUAACAAUGUAUAGUAAAGUCUUUCAGAGGAA